CGCGUCCGCGCGGUCGUCGCCAGCUCGCUGUCCGCUGCGGCCGGAGUGUCUCCGCGACACCGGGCGCCCGGCGGCGGCGGCGAGCCUCGCGCCGCCCGCCCCCGCGCUCAUGCCGCGACGCGACGCAGCCACAGCGCCGCCCCUCUGCAACUCAAAACAAAAACCGCCCGCCGACACAGCCUGGCAGCUAUCACCUGUCCCGCACCAGCGCCCGCGCCGAAACUCCGGCCCGUCUUUCUCUGGGCGAGGCAGCACGACGGCGAAGUGCAGGAGGUCCACUGCGAGGACUACGACUCUCGCAAUCGCAUCCGCAUAGCGCGGACGCCCAGCGGCUGGCGCGUUAUCCCGCACACGGAGAUCUACAACUCGAUUCGCGUACCGCCGCCUCCGAAGCGCCGGGAACGACGCCGCCGUCGGACGGGACGCUCGAGACGCCGGCGGUCCGACCGCUUCGAGCGCCAGUGCGAGCCCGUGCCCGCUUGGCUAGCUCCCGACCUGGAGUCCCAUAUCCCCUCGCACACGAUCGCGGUCCCCCGCAUGGUACAGCAGCCGCCGCCACCCGAGCCCACGCCGCUUGACAAUCUGCUGGCAGUGGCGGAACUAGAAUUCAAUCAACAGCGCGGUGAAGAACUCGAACUGGAGCUCCAAGCGUCCUCUAACGGCCAGUACGCGUUCUUACCUGAAGAGCAAGUAGCCAGUGAAGUGAUGUCCUUCGAUCUUGGCGAACCGAAAACGGAUGAGAUGUUCUUUGAGCGCAAAACGCAUGCACCGGAGCGAGCUGCUGAGGACGACGCAUUCCAGAAUGAUAUGGUUGUUCAUAAAGAUUUGUUUGAUACUAUAAGUGAGGCUCACUAUCUACCGGAGCUUACAGGACCCCAUGACGAAGCGUUAUUGGAGUCUCUCGUAGAGAAAGGUUGUGAAGAUAAUCAGAUAUUGGGUCAGGCGCUCGAUAAACUUGCGCACCUUGUUCAUGGUUCGGGAGAUUACGCUGAAGAAGAAGAAGACAUGUUGCUGGGAGGUGCACCAGUUGCUGACAUCAUUGACCGGUUAGAACAAUCUUUGGAAUCACCCGGCCGCAGCAGCAUAACCGCUGCACAGGGAUUGCUUCAUCUUCAUCACAUAGGAGAUCACCUUCCACCUACAGAACAUCAACAAGAUGUAGAUCAGGCAUACAUGAGUGAUGAAGUGUUUGUUCCGGAUGCACCUGUAGAAUGUUCGCUGGAAACACUGGAAAAUAGAACGGAAAUGCAGGAAAUAACAGAAAUGACUGACGGUAACCAUUUGGAAUAUGAACAGAAUGCUGAAAAGAGGCUAGAGAGUGACGUCAAUACCAAUGACGCCGUGUUUACUGAAUCAGUACCUGAGACACACAUUAAUAGCGAAGAAAAAACAUUUGAGGAACAACAGCAGGAACCCUGUGAAUCUGAUCACAGUGAUAUAUUGCCUAGUGUAACAAACAAUCAAGAAAUUUGUGCCGAAACUAGUGUCACAGUGCCCAAAGUGGAAGUAGAACCACCAGAUAAUACGGAUGUAAAUGAGAACAAAUCAGCUGAAGAAGUCAUGCCUAUAAACUUUGUAAAUGAUAACUUGAACGAACUCGCCACCACCAUGAAUCUGGAACCAACUAACAAUGAAGAUAUGGGGCCGACUGACUUGAGCAUAAAACCUGUAACAAAACCUGCCACACCAGUUGUAGUGGCCAGUGUAGCAGAGACCACUAACGCUACAGAAGAUAAUUUGUCAGACAAAAGUGACGAGCAGCCUCGAGAUUUGAGCGUGCACCGCCGGUUGCCUACCCCGCAUGCGUCGCCGAGAAGGAUAGAUAUACCACGAGCGCCGUCAAGAGAGUCAGACGCUAUGCAGUCGCCUCAACCGAGCGGUAUUCCCGCCGUGCCAUCAUCGCCAGAAAUAUUUACUAUGCCACUUACAAAAAGCAAACAAACAUUGUUUUUAGAAACUUUACUUUCUUCGCCUUCUCCGAAAAUGUACACGUCUGAGGUGACGAUUACAAAACAACAGUGCGAGCCUUUAAAUCUUGGAAAACAUAGAAAAUCAGCGAGCCCGACAGUCUCCAGCUGUUCGGAUGAAAUGAGAAAGUUGAAUAAGGAAUUCGGAGAGCCUCAAGAGAAAAAAAUAAAACGAGAAUCCUCCGAAGAUCUAGCAAAGAUAAGCAAAGUUUUUAAUAAAUGCAAUGAUGAUCAAAUAUCCGAAUCCAAACAAAAGAAAGCUGAUAAGCCGACUCAUAAAUCUACCGAGGAAGCUAGUCCUAUUAAACAAUUGCAUGUUUUAAAAACAAGUCCAGAUUUCAACAUUCCAGAUCCAUUAUUGAUUCCAAAAGACAAAUUAAAUGAUAUAUUAGAAGCUCCAGCUAAAGAAAUACCAGCAUUACUGAUACAGCGGCCUGAAUUGAGGCUGCCGCAAGCGUUUGCAUAUCCCGCAGUUUUACAAGACCCCGAAAUACUAGUUGUAUCAUUACAGCAGUUGGAGAACAUCAUAGAAAACGAUGCUAAAAAUCAUGUUGCGGUUCCUAAACCAAAGGAAACAAAACCUGCGCCCGUAAAAAGUACACCAAGUACUGAGCACUCGGCCCCUCAGCCCGACCAGACGACGAGCCAACCUAAACCUAUUCCAUCAAUGGACGCGCUGGCCGGCGAUAUCGACGCGGCGACAUCUGCCGCUCUCAAUCAAAUGUUAUGGCUGCCAUAUCUCAGUCAGUUAGAAGCUAUGGCCGCUUGCUCCCAAAAUAUGGAUUUCUUAAAAGCUCUCAACUCCUCCGGAUAUACAGGUUCAAAUUACCCCGAUUUAUCACAAAUGUUCAACCCUUCUGCAAGAUUUAUGGGUCAAGCAGGCUUCCCCAUGAUGCCCCCUAUGGAUUACGAUAACCGAUUACAGUUUGCAAUGUGGCAGGAAGCUAUGAACCAAGCGAACGCGUCGCAAAGACAAAAACCUUCAGUGGAAGCCCAAAUGAAAGAUUUAGCGUCAAAAUCUAGCGACGUGCAAAAUCCAUACGUGCAUUCCACAAAGAACCAUCAAAGCAAAACACAUUCCGCGGCUCGCACUAGUCCCAUAGCUCACAAUUACAACAGCAAUCAGCGCUCAAUGGGCCACAAUCCGUUUCUGCAAGGGAUGUAUCCGGGAAUGAAUCCUAACAUACGCCCGAACAUGCCGUUGCCGGGUCUUCAAAUACCGUAUUUCAAUCCGAACAUGAUGAGUCAAAGGUCGCCGCGAACGGGUCAACAAAAGAGCCCUACGUCUCCGUAUUACCCGAAUAACAAUUAUUUGCAAUCGGUGAAGCAAUCAGAAGGUUCGAGUCAGCGGAGCGGCAGUUCAAGUUCUCAAGAGUCGCCGCGUCCGCGUAUCAGUGUGAAAUCGCUGCAUAAUCUUUUGGAGCCGACGGCGGCUGCUGCUUCUGGAGUUGGGUCUUCAUCGCGCCGGUCGGGGUCUUCGGCAGCGCUGGGCCGACGGCGGGAGGAGCCCGAGGUGGGCAGCACCACGCCGCUGGGGGAUCCGCCGCCGCACCUGCCUCCACAUCCGCACGACCCGUCGACGUUCCAUUUAUGGCAUCCGCUGUUUGGCAACCAAAAGGGGUACAGUAGUCCGUGGAGUUGGACCACGGUGGCAGCAACGGGUGAAUGACCUCGGGCCCCGCGCGGGCCGCCCGCGCACCCGCAGUGAACACGAGUGGGGGGGGGGGAGUGUGGGCCACGGCAGAGGAGGGAGCGAGAGGCCGAACGUAACGUAAAACCGCGGCGCAGCGUUGUAUAACGCGAGGUGGUGACGUAAAAUUUAACGCAAGAUAGUGACGUCAUAACGCAUCGGCACGCAAGAUUGUGCGUCACAAAUAACAAUGUAGCGUUGUAAAUAAACGCGUAAAGAGAAAAUAUUUUUCCCAAACAAGUCGAAAUAUUCUAUGAUUAAAAAAUACUGUGAAAUAAAUUCGUCAUAUUGACUAAUGAUUCAGAAAUAGAAUUAUAUGUUCCACAUCAAAUACCAAUCGAACUCUUAUUGGUGUUUCAACCAGACAAAGCCCUCUCGCUCAGCCUCGCUCUAGUGAACGAAAUGAUCCGUCCGAAGUUGAUAGACCCCCGUGUCGCUGCGGCACCCUGAGAACUCUACAUAACUCGUGAACUGAUCUGUAACAUUCGAGCAGCUUUAAUUUCACUUCUUAGUUUAUGGGAAUAUACACUGUCAUGUAUGUGCGUGAUUUGUCAUCAACAAUCAAAUACGUUCAAACGUACAAAGAAUCACGAUCGACGAAACUUAUUUAUGACGAAUGACGUUGUGACGAAAGACGUUAAUGACAGCGUUAAAUCCUUUUUAAACCAAAGUCGUCUGAGGUGUCAGAUUCUAUUUCAUUUAUAAUUUAAUUUUCACUGUAGUUCCUACAUUUUAUACUUGUAAUUAGUUGUAUUUACAAAAGCGAUAGGCUUCUAGGGUCGAUUCGCACGACACUACACCUAUCUCACGCUCUUUUAUCUGGCAAUCUCAGCACAAUACAGAUACGUUCACACCGUUAUGCCUAUCAUUACGGAAUUGCUAAUUCUAUCGGUUAACUAACCUCUAAAACAUCAAAAUAAUCUGCAACUACACUCUCAAUCAUAUAUCUCUUUGAAAUAAGAGUGAAAAUUGAACAGAAUGAUUGAGAAUCCAGUUCGCCAACUCCUCAAUACUUAGUACAUUUUUGAAGCUGUUUUAAUCUGUGUUAUCGGAAUUGGCGCCAAUUAGUGUUACCAUACAAAUGUAGAUGCUCAGAAAACUACCAUAUCUCUAAAUUAAGCGUUAAUCGGGUACAGUGACGGACUAAAGUGCAUAGAACAUUAUUUAUUAGUUGUGAUAUUUAUGACACGAAGCGCGCCGGCGGCUGCGCAUAGUUCCAAAUGAGUGCAAUGCAAGUUGGACUGUAAAUGUAUAUCGUAGUUAGAAAAGUUAAGUGGCAGUGUAUGAUGCAUUUAAUUUAUGUGUAAGAUGCCAGCGAGUUGAUUUGGGAAAACUGUUGUAAAGAUUGUUAUUUUUACAAUAUUUUUAAUAUAAGUACCUAUUGAUAGUUUUCGUUUUUUUAUAUUCGUUUUAUAAUGUUUGUUUUCUUGAUGCCGAAAUCAACUUGUUGACAUUUAUUGUAUUUUUAAACCUAGUUUCAGUCGACAAUUCCUUACAUUGUUAAUGAAUGAUAUUAAUUAUACAUCGUCCAUGCGAAAUCAGAUACAGGUGUAUUGACUGGCGUAUUUUUUUAAAUUCGUAAUCUACUUACGUACUGAUGGAGCUUUUAAAAGAAUUACCUAACAAGAAAAGUUUAUUAGAACUUUUUAAUUAAAUAUCACUUUUUUUAAAGAAAUACUUUAAGCUUUUUAUGUAUGAACUAUACUUACUUUAAGUUUAUUAUAUAUUGAAAUGAUAAUCAUUAAUUUAUUUUUAUUGAAAGAUGUGUCUUAAAAAAGCUUGUCAAAUUGGACAAAAUCUAAAAAAAGAUCAGUAAUAUAAAAUGUACAUUUGAUAAUUUUACAUGGUUAGCAAAAUAUAAAAAAAAUUAAGACAAAUUGGUUAUGGUUAUUUCUUUGCUAGUCAGUAUUGCUGUAUAUUUAAAAGAUUCAUUUCAAUUAUUAGGAAUAUAUCUUUUCAAUUAUUAGGAAUUGUCGACUGGCAACAUUUAUCUGGCUUAAAUGAGAGGGCCUAAUGACAAAACACUUGUGAUCUCUUUCCCACUGUGUUAUAUUAGUAUAACUACUCACAUAAUAAGAUGAACGUACACACCAAAAACCGAAAAAAAUAAAUAGAGGCUACUAAUAUUUUCUGUAAACAAACAUUAAACUUAACGUGUGACCUUCGAAGCCUUAACUGUGUCCGAAAUUGACUUUUCUUGGUGAUUGUACCAAUAAAUAAAAAUACUUUAAAUCAAACGAAUAAAUUCUUAAUAUUAAAUACUUUGAUUUAAAGUAAAUUUACAAUUUAAUUCAUUCAUUCAAACCAUUUGUUAAGGUUGAUAAAAAUUCGGUUAGAAGGCGUGUACGAUUUCUACUCUCAUUUUAGCCAGUAGUCUGUGUUAGUGAAGUAGUCAAACCGAUUCUCUUUCUUAUGAUUUCUAUUUCUAUAUUAACAAUAAAAUAAUAAUAAUAAUAAAUGGGUCUAAUAUUACGCUAUAAUAUAAUCAAAUCAUACAUGUGUCUCAUACAAAUUCUGUACAAUCAGCUCAGAAUUUGUAUGUAAUGUGUUUUAUUUUUAUAGAUUAUAGAACAACUAUGUUCUAGUAGUCAUAAGAAAUGGAUGUCGGUGCAAAAAAAUCUUUUUUUAUAUAAAAAAAUGAACUAUUUAUUUCGUUAUUAUUUAAGUUUUUUAUUGUUCUCGUUACUUUCCUUGGGAAUCUUUAUCGAUUUAGAAUUAGUAAGUACAAUUUCAUGUGCAGUGUGUUAACGGGAUGCGAAUUAACGGUAACCGCUAAAAAAAUAAACCGUUUGUAAAAAAAAAAAAAGAUUGCGCGGCUACGACUGCAAUAAUGACGCAUGUAUUAAUUCUUAUAUUGCUAAUCCUAUCGGAAGAUUCGAUGACAGACCAUCGGUCUAAGAUUUAAAUUACGAACAGAUAUAUUACUAAUAGUUAA